GUAUCUUGCCACCAUACAAUAUGAUCGCAUUCAUACUUUUAAGUUUAUUUCUACAAAUUUUAGCAUCUUCUCCAACCUUGGGUCGAGACGCUGAUCAAAAUGAGUAUCCAUUUAUCGUAGGAGUGGAAUCAUGCGAUUUUCCAGUUUGUUAUCCACAAUGUGCUGGUGUGGUUCUUUCCAAGAAUUGGAUUCUCACACUUGGUGGCUGUGCUUAUGGUGCGAUUACCUACAAUAAUUUCAGGGUAAGUUAUAAAAAUAGCAGAGAUAUCAAAGAAAUAAGGUCAGCGUUAUAGCGUGGUAGAAAUAGAGAUAACAAAUAUCUUUUAGACCUAAUCUAGUUUUCUUUACGCAAGUUUUUCUGCAAUUAUUAUUUUAGCUGUACUUGUUUGGUUUUUAUUAUACCAUUGGUAUAUAAUAGGAAUGCAAAAUCUCUUUGUAUACCAGAGAAAUUUCAUAACAUCGUGAGAAAAAUAAAAAGAAUAGGUGUCAACAUUCUCGGAGUCAGUGAAGUUAGGUGGAUUGGAUCUGGAGAGUCAAACAUAGAUAACAAUUAUAUAUUAUGCUGGCAAUGACGAUCCUCAUCAUUACUCAUAAAUGUGUAAUUACACAUAAAUGUGUAAAGAACUUUAUACCUAUAUCUGAUAGAGUAGCUAUGCUACAAAUUAAAACUCCUCGAAAUUAACUCUAUUCAAGUAUAUGCUCCUACAGGAGAAAAAUCAGAUUGAGAAGAAGGAGAAUUCUACCACGAGAUCAAAUACCUAAUGAAGAUCGCAAAAAAAAAUGCUGUAAACAUUAUUAUGGCAGAUUUUAUUGCCAAAGUAGGUGACCGAAGUCGGAAACUUUGGUUUGGGCUAAAGAAAUGAUAGAGGAGAAAUAUUGGUCCAAUUUUGCCAAAAAGAAAAUCUAACGAUCGCCAAUACCUGGUUAAAACUACUAAAAAGAAGAUUAUAUCCAUAAAAAGCACCUGGGGAUAAUCAAAACCACAUAAUAAGAAACCAAAUUGAUUUUAUAUUAAUUGACAAGCGUUAUAGAAAUGGAAUCAGGCCAAAUAAAACAUAAUCCGGGACGGACAUCGGUUCCGACCAGAAUCCUGUUAUCGGUAAUAUCUUAAUUAAACCGAAGAAAAUCAAAUGCAGAGAGAAGAUAAAACCUAAGCCUCUAAAAACUUAAAGAACCUGCAGUAAAGACAGAGAUAGAGAAAAUACUCUCAAAGAAAAAUUCAGUAAUGCACCUGCAGCAGCAGAAAAAUCAGUAAAAAGUAUUUGGCAUACUUUAAAACAACAAACACAACUAUACAAACAGAACAACCAUAAGAAAAGACAAGAAAAACAAAGAAUAAAUCAUAGAUUUAUUAACAGGAUAUAUUAACAUCGGAAGUUACAAAAACAAUCAAUACAGCAAAGCCACGAAAGGCCUCAGGUCCAGAUGAAAUAUAUAUAAAGAUGAUAAAACUUAUCAAUGAAGACAAUUUUUAGUCCUUAACACUACUAUUUAACAAAAUUUUUACUACUGGAAUCUUCCCAGAAGACUGGCUUAGAUCGACAUUUAUACCUAUACCUAUGAAAAGUAAAGCAAAUGGAUGCUUACAGUUCAGAUUAAUAAGCACAAGGAUCCAUUUUCUGAAAAUUUUACUCAAAAUUGAACAUCAACGUAUAAACAGAGAAUUUGGAUUUCCUAUGGGGCUUGGUACGAGAGAGGCAUUAUUUGGCAUUCAGAUAUUACAAAAAUGCCGAGAUCAACGAAAUAACGUGUUUGUCUUUUUUAUCGACUACCAAAAAGCGUUUGAUUAAGUAAAACACACAAAACUUAUAGAAACCCUAACACAACAUGGUAUAGACCAUAACACGGUGGUCCUUAUUAAAAAUCUAUAUUGGAAUCAAAUGGCGUCGAUUAAAAUUGACAAUCGUAUGACAGAAAAAAUGUCAAUAAAAAGGAGAUUUUGUCAGGGCUAUUUAAUUUCUCCACUAUUGUUUAAUAUAUAUUCCGAAAAGAUCUUCCAAAACGCCCUUGAACAUAUUAAAGAAGAAAUAAAAAUUCACGGUGAAUAUGUAAACAUUCGAAGGAUGCUAAAGAUCUCUUGGACAGAGCACGUAACCCACAACGAGGUGCUGAGAAUAAUGGGGACUGAGAGGGAACUUCUAAAUAUUGUAAAAAAAUAGAAAACCGAGUUAUCUGGGACAUAUUUACAGAGUAGAAAAGUACAUCUUUCUACGACUGAUAAUGGAACGGAAAGUGAAAGAAAGAAGAGGUCCAAGAAGAAGAAAAUGCUCGUGGCUGCUGCUAGCUGAAAAAUAUAAGAGACUGGACAUGCAUGGAUACGCACCUUAAGAGAAGAUAGGUAUAUGUUAAAUUUUUAUGCAGCUGUUUUUCUAUAACAGUUGCUCUGAUUAGAUGUUUACUUAAUAGGUAUCACAACAGUAUCUAUUUUUUAAUACCACUGUUAGCCCAUUUGUUGCAUCUAUUAUGAAACUCAUCAUUGAUCUUUUUUAUUUUCUCUAAAUUUUUUUUGUGGAUGUAAGAUCGUCGGUUCCAUAAUUGGUAUAAUAAUAUUAUUUGUCUUAAGGCGCUGUUGAACUUAGGCUGCCCUUUUUUACUCGCACUGUCUUUCUAUUCAUUGUUUUAUAUUCUAUUUAGCAUAUGGUCGUGGUCUGUAAGAGUACUCUAGUAAUAUUUUUCAUUUUUAAUAAUUAUUCUUUAUGAGUUUUUACAUAACUCAUCAAGCGACGUUUUCAUCUCAUUCUGUACUGUCAAUCUCCACCUUGCAAUAAUCUUGUUUUCACGCCUUCCUCCGUUUUUUUUCGCUGCUUCAUUGCUCUACCUUUUUUUGAUCUUCAUGUAUACUAUUCUGUCUUUAUACAGUGGCUCUAUCACGACUACAAAAUUAAUUAUUUUUAAUCCAACUUGUAUUUUGUUGAUGAUUUUCAAGUUUUGUAACCGUAGGUUUCUGUGCUUUUUGUCAUAGUGUUUCAUUUUCAUAUUAUGCUUUGUUUUUUUCUUUAAUGAUUAUGUCCAAUACCAUGCUAUAGAUUAAGUUUUAUUAUGAUUAAAAUAAGGCUUAUAUUUUUUUAGGGGUUUGUAAACGGAAAAAAAUGGUUAUAAAGAAACAAACACAAUUUAAAAUUUUGUUUUAAAUAAAGAAAAAGUUAUUAACUACUUCAUCUAUUUCUACAGGUUGAUCAACUGCUUAAUAUUCUCAAUACUGACCUAGGGAUGUGAAUCUUGGACUCUGAGACAAUCGGAGAGAAGAAAGAUAGACGCCACUGAAAUGUUCUGUUGGAAACGAAUGUAACGAAUUCCUUGGACCGACCGUAGAACAAAUAAUUCAAUUUUAAGAGAGCUAAAAGUUAGCCAACGACUCUCUAGUAAAGUCCAUCUCCAACAAUUAAAAUAUUUUGGGCAUGUUAUGAGAGCAAACACAGAAAACAUGGAAAGACUCAUAAUACAAGAAAAGGUAGAAGGCCGAAGAUCACGAGGAAGAUCCCCAACAAGAUGGAUAGAUCAAAUUACAGGAAUAUGCCAAAGACCUAUGCAUGAGUUAAAAGAAAUGACCAGAAACAGAGAUCUCUGGAGACGGACAAUACACGACAUUACGUCGACCACUACACUCCCUCUGGGGGGUCAGGAUUGAAGAGAGAGAACUACUUCAUGUAAUGAUUAAUGAUAAUAAGAGUUGUAUUGUAUGUAUACAUGGCAGCAUAUGUGUUAAAUUUAUUGUCCAGUACCACUGAAAUACCAAUAAAUAAGUACUUUUUCAAAUAUAUCUUUGUAUAUUUACAGAUCAAUGCAGGAGUUGUCAAUCUCACCAGUCCAGACGCACAAGUUCGAGAUAUUGAGAAAGCUGUACUACAUCCAGAAUUCGACUAUUUUCAACCCUUUUCCCCAAACAACAUCGGUCUACUGAAACUAAAAACACCUCUAGAUUUAGGAGACUCGGUUCAACCAGGAGUACUGCCAAAGCAAGGAUCAGAUGUACCACUCGGCAAAGUAACGCAACUAGGAUGGUUUGUUAAUAAAGAGAGUCACGGUAGACCAGUCAGUGUAGAAAACUUGGAGACAGCAGAAACGGGUAUGAUUGACUAUGAUGUGUGUAUGGCCGUAGUGGAACCAUCGAUGGAAUACAAUUUUCCUGACUUUGCCCAAACAUUGUUUUGCACUGCUGAUUUUACUGGACGUGAAGAUUUAUGUUUUGUUAAUGCCGGAUCCCCAACCAUCCAAGAUGGAGUCGUAGUAGGUUUUCACUAUUUUACAACAUUAGGUUGUGGAGUGAUGGGGUCAGCUAUGUUAAGUCUGAAGACCGGACCUUAUGUAUCGUGGAUUCAGGAAAAUAUUGAUGAUAAUAUAAGACUAGCCUAAAAUGUAUUCUCUAUUUUUAUUAAAAUGUAAUAAAUAUAUUUUCCUGCUUUCAAUAAACAUAACUAUUAUAAGACC